AUGGCAGCGCUAAGGUCGCAAAUGGAGACGUUGCUAGCAGUUUGGAACGAUGCUACCACGCCUUUGGACGCACGUGUGCGAGAAGAUGCGCAUCUAUUUCUAUCCGAGUCAGCUAUUGUUUCUUCGACCCGAUUCAAGCGACUAAAAGGGCCUACUUCUAGCCAAAUUGGAGACUUUUGUCGUCCCUGGGAACAUGAUGAUUUUUUAGAGCGAGUGAGCAGCUUUUCCAUUGCUUUGUGGUUUGCAAAACCAGAUAUUGUCAGUGUAUUUGAAUGUGCACGUCAUGGCUGGAGAAAUUCAGCACUGGAUCAAUUGUAUUGUACCUGUUGUAAACAGUUUCUAUGCUUUAACAUCAAUAGCAAAUUAAGCGAAACUGGUGUCCUUAAAGUGGCCAAGACAUUUGCUGAUCAAUUGGUCACAGGGCAUACGCAGCUCUGUCCAUGGCGGGGGAAUCCGUCGCCUGAAGCUUUUACGAUGCUUCCUAUUGCGACGAAACGUCAAGUGUGUGAGAUGUUCAUACGUCAACUAGAGGAAGAAGUAGCACGGAUGCACAAUGAUAUCGAGUUUCAAAAGCAAAUGGAAAGUAUCAAAAUUGAAGAUGCAGUGAUAGCCAAGAUAAUGCAGGAAGCAAAUGGUUCUGGAGAUGGUGCAGCUCUUUUGGAUAUUAUGACGUUGACGUCAAAGUUGGUUGCGAGGAUUUCGAAGCAGAAAGACGUAUCUGUGAACCCGCAAGCGCUUAUGAGUGCUGCAUUCGUGAUCAUGUGUGGGUGGAAAUUUGAUGAGAGAGACGGUACUCAAGCGGAUAUGCUUUACUGUGGUUCCUGUAAUCGACGAUGGCAGAUUCAUCCAGGGACAGUAAGCAAGGGAGGCGUUGAAGAGGGUGAGCCGCCAGCAAAGCGCUUGAAGGUCGAUAUUGACAGGAGUGUCAAUUUGCUCUCACAACAUCGGCACUUUUGUCCGUGGAUAGUGGGGCGAAAGCCUGCUGGUGUGGAUGAUUACGGUAUGCUAGACCCGAAGCUGUGGGAAUUCGUCAAGCUGCCGGGAUGGAAGCAGAAUGCUCAGGCACUAGUUUUGCUAGGGAAUUGGGGAGAUAGAGCCAUUAUAGCCAUCGAUUCAAGUGACGCGAAAGAAAAGAAGGCGAGCGACCCCGAGCAAGCACUAGCGACAAUACAAGCUGUUCUUGGUCUUUAA